AUGAACGCAGAAGCACUCGGUGCGUCGUCGCGUGACGGCGCAGCGGAGGGUGCCGCGGCAUUGACCGGCGGCUCAGACACCUGGAGCACAUGUGCGGUAUUAACGAACCGGCUUCGCCUGCUGCAGCUGUGCGGGAAGGUCAUAGACACACAGCUUGACGAACUGAGGAAGCGGUGCAACGAGGUGACACGGCGAGAUGCGGAUGAUAGUUGGGAGAGCAACGGCUUCUCGGGCGCGGCACCUGCAAACGCGGUGAGGAACGGUAACGGUAGCGCAGCGGCAUCCGCAGAGCCUCUGUCGUCUCCCUCUUAUUUAUUGUCUUCUGCUCAUGUGAAGACCGCGACGCGUUUUUCACCGCCGUGGCGUGGUAGUCCACAGCCGACUGUUCGCUUCCAGAGGCCGCGCGACGAGCUCACCAGCGGCGCAGCAGAAUGGCAGGAGGCGAACGGCAAGCGGGACUCGCCCUCACCGCCCAUCAUCGUUAUUGAGGUGGGGAACUCGGACAGAGCCGCGUCGCACUCGACUCCACGCGGUCAGGUCUCUUCGGAAGCUGCUGGUGAGAUCAAUUCAGGAACAAGGGGGACUGUUCAGGGCUCGAAGCUAUUGUCAGAUGUUGUUGCGACGACUCUCUCACCUGAAGGAAAUAGAAUGAGCAAUAAGCGGGAUGCACACAUCUCCUUCAUUCUGGAUCAUAUACAGCAACUGAAUGUGCCAGCGCGGCGCGCGUCGCCAGCAGCUGACUUCUUCAGACGGAUUCGCGAUGAAGCGAGGACUCUUUCAGAACCAGAAGAUGACAGAGCCACCAUAUCGAAUGGGAACUGCAUUCCAUCGGUGGCACCAGCCGAGUGGAGUGUGAACGCCCAAUAUAAAAAUGAAUUGCGGCAGCAGCAUUUAGCUUUGUCUCGUGAGACACCCGUAGAGGGUGGGGUAUCCGCUGCCGCCCCAACCGCCAGCGGUACGGCACCCAUGCCGAUGCCCUCCCUGCCGCGAAAGCCUCCGUCACCACCAUCUGCUCGUGUCGGUGGGUCCUCUCCCACACCCUCACCCCCCGCUGUGGACUAUGACAAAAAGGCACAGGAGGCACUUCUGAGUGGGUUGUGGAAGGAAACCAAGGAUAAAAAGGGAAGAGUUUACUACUACAGCUCCAAGGAGAAAAGGUCGUGCUGGAAUUUGGCGAAGGAGCUCCGUCUCUUGGCGGGAAACCGCGGUACAUGA